GCUGCAAGGCCAGCCCCGGCCGCUCUCGAUUGACAGCUCCCGCGCCCGAUGGCCUCUCCGGUCCCACAGGGAAAGCCAAUCCCCGCGGCCGGGGGGGCGGGAGGCGGUGCUGCCCCCCGGCCUCGCUUUCCCCCCCGCGCUGCUGCCAGGUGUCUCUUUCGCAGGUGGCACCAUGGGGACAGGCUGUGCUGCUGCGCCUGGGAUCUGUCUUGCCAGCGGCGAGUGCCCAGGCCAGCUGCCCCCAGCAUUGCACUGCUAAAAAAGAGCGGUGCCCAAGCCCGGGCAUGUGCUUCUGGACUAUGCCAUGUCCCCUGCUGGCUGACGGGCAGCCCUGGCCCUGUGAGGACGCAGCCAGCCCUGAGGCAGACGCCAGGACGCCGGCGUGCCCAGCACCACCAUGGCCCAGGACUGGGACGCGGUGCUGUCGGGGAUGACGACAGGCAGCCGCUCGCGGAGCUCCAGCAGCGAAGCCAGCCUGGCUCCCGGCUACCUCCUCAGCAAGCAGAGCCGCCUGCUCAAUGGGACCACCCGGAGCAGCCGUGCCGCCUCCCCCAUGGGCCGUGUCAUCCUCAUCAAUGCCCCCAUUGAAGCCAGCAGCAAUGAGAGUGAUGUCAUCAAUGCCAUCACAGUGGAGAAGAGCGUGGACGGCAAACUGGGCUUCAGCGUCCGUGGCGGCUCCGAGCAUGGGUUGGGCAUCUUUGUCAGCAAAGUGGAGGAGGGGAGCACUGCUGAGCAGGCCGGGCUGUGUGUUGGUGACAAGAUCACAGAGGUGAACAGUGUGAGUCUGGAGAACAUCACGAUGAGCAGCGCUGUCAAGGUCCUCACUGGCAACAAUCGCCUCCGCAUGGUGGUCCGGCGGAUGGGCCGUGUGCCAGGAAUCAAGUUCUCCAAGGAGAAGACGGCAUGGGUGGAUGUGGUGAACAGGCGCCUGGUAGUAGAGAAAAGCGGCUCGACACCAUCGGAGAGUGGCUCCGAGGACGGGCUGCGGCGCAUCGUCCACCUCUACACCACCUCUGAUGACUACUGCCUGGGCUUCAACAUCCGCGGGGGCAGAGAGUUUGGCCUCGGCAUCUACGUCUCCAAGGUGGACCCUGGAGGGCUGGCAGAGCAAAACGGCAUUCGGGUAGGAGACCAAGUCCUUGCAGCCAAUGGAGUCAAGUUUGAAGACAUAAGCCAUAGCAAGGCAGUGGAGGUGCUCAAGGGGCAGACCCACAUCAUGCUCACAAUCAAGGAGACAGGCCGGUUCCCUGCCUACAAGGAGUUGGUGGCCGAGUACUGCUGGCUCAGUCGCUUGACCAACGGGCAGCUGCAACAGCUGGCUCAGACCUCGGAAACCAGCUCCUCCAUCUCCUCCUACUCCUCAGGACCAGCCCCAGGGGCGGUGAAUGGGCUGGGGGCAGCUUCCCCAGUGCCCCCGGCCCGCACCGUGGAUGUGGCCAUCUCCACGGAGGACGGGCCACGGCGGGGCUGGGUGCGGGAACGUGCCGAGCGGGCCAUGCAGACCGAGCCAGCCACGGAGGGGCUGCCAGAGACACGGCGCACAGUGCGGCCCCCCGAGCUGCUGCGGGACACGGCCAUCCGGGGCCAGGGCACCCGCGAGGCCCCCGGCACCCACCCUCGCCGCACCUUCACCCACUCACCCAAGACGGCGCUUCUGCUGGCGCUGAGCCGGCCACGGCAGCCCAUCACACGCUCCCAGAGUGACCUCACUGUCGCCGAGGAGAAGCGGAAGAAGGAGAAGCCAGAGGGACAAGGGGCACGGGGGGCUACCCCAGGAUUGCACCGCUCCAAGACCCUUGUCAACCUCUUUUUCAAGGGGGGCCGUGCCACCAGCCAGAGCUGGGCCCCCCCCAGCCAGGAGGCCCCUGGCUCUGAACGCCGGGCACGCUCCAAGUCCCCAGGGCGCUCUGACGGGGACAGAGAGAAAAGCCGGCGUGCCAGCAUCCUGGGCCCCCUGGGCAUGGCCACCCUGCAGCCCAACGGCAGCGACCCUGAGGCCCGGCUCCCGCACAUCCAGGACACUGCUAAACGUCUCCUCAGCCCCGACGAGGUGACAGCCGUGCUCCGCCACUGCUCCCGGUACCUGCACGAGGGCAGCGUGGAGGAUUUGGUGCGGCCACUGCUGGCCAUCCUGGACCGGCCCGAGAAGGUCCUGCUGCUACGGGACGUGAGGAGCGUGGUGGCCCCUACAGACCUGGGCAGGUUUGACAGCAUGGUGAUGCCGCUGGAGCUGGAAGCCUUCGAUGCCCUCAAGAGCCGCUCAGUGCGCUCACCUGCCCUCCGCCCGGCCCACCAUGACGCCCCCCCCAAGAGACACCUCAUCACACCAGUGCCUGACUAUCGGGGCGGAUUCCUGCUGAAGCCAGCAGGGAGCCCAGAGCUGGAGGAAGCAGGGGAGCAGCAGGCGAGCCCAGCCCGUCCAAGAGCCUCCCCCAGCCCCCGGCGGCCUCACCCCCGCACCUACACCCCGCUCCCUGACGUGCCAGUGGAUGCCUAUGCCUCCAUCAGCCGGCCCCUGCCCACCCUCAGCCCUCAGCCCCCGAACUGGCUGCUGGCUGAGCCCUCCCCUGGCAAGGGCCACGGGCACUCUCGCAGCCCCCGGGCCACCUGGCGCAAGGAAGCCCCCAGGACGGUGCCCAGCAGACAAGCCGAAGUGCUGGGGAAGCCCCAGCGGGCACGGCCUCCUCUGGCCCCUCUCUUUGGGGGGCCAGGGAGUGAGGCAAGGACUGGGGCAGCCAAUGGCCCUGAAGAUGCUGGCAGGGAGGAAGAGGAGGAGGAAGAGUAUCAUCUGCUCACCGUCACCCUCUCCAAGCUGAAGCACUCGCUGGGGAUCAGCAUCUCUGGUGGUAUUGAGUCACGGGCACAGCCAGUGGUGAAGAUUGAGAAGAUCUUCCCUGGUGGAGCUGCCUUCCUCAGUGGCAUCCUCAAGGCCGGGCAGGAGCUGGUGUCGGUGGACGGGGAGAGCCUGCAGAACGUCACGCACCAGAGGGCUGUGGACAUCAUCCGCCAGGCCUACCGCAACAAAGCCAAGGAGCCCAUGGAGCUGGUGGUGCGGGUGCCUGGACCACCGCCGGAGUGAUGCUGCAGCCCCUUUUCGAGGAGCCAUGCUGUGUUCCAGAGGAGCCAGAUGGCUCAUUCCUGCACUGAGCUGUGGCUGGCCUCAGUGCAGCCAGAGGGUGAAAGCCAGACCUGCCCCAAGGGCAUGGAGCAGCUUCCCACUGCAGGACCCAAGGGAGGGCAGCACUGGCGACACAGGGGAAGGACAGGUGGUCCCUGACCCUGCUCUGGACAUGCAGACAGAGUCCUGAAAAAAACACAGCCAGGGGCUUGUUUUUAAUUGCUGUUUCCGGGUGGUACACUGAUGAGCCAGGCUCUGGGAACGAGACAUGACUGAAAUAAAGUACAAAAAUCCCCCCCUGGAGCCAGGGGUGACCAAGCCACAGCUGGGCACAUCCAGACUUUUCCUUUGGUUUGACCCCCCCGGGUGCCCAGCGGGGCCCCUCACCUCUGCCCAUCCCUGGGGGUGUCCCCAGGGUGUCCCCAGCUGGCACAUAGAGCACCAUGCCCCUCUCCCCUGGCAGGCUGGGCAUCACAGAGGCAUGGGCUUUUCUGGGGGGGAAACAGAGGGAUGCUGGGGGGCAAGAGCAUGGGAAAGGCACUGAGGGCAAGCUGCCCUCUGGCAUGGGUGAGGGGGCAUGGACUGGUGAAGUGUGAGCUGGAAGAGGGUGAUAUGUUUUGGUAGGUCCUAUAAAAAUAGAGUUAUUUAAAAUGGCACAGAAACGAAUUCCCUGACAAACACACAAAGGGGCAUGAGGGAGGCUGGCAUGGGCAGAGACGGGGCACACACCAAGUGACUGGGUGACAGUGCCAGCAGGGAUGAGAGGGAGGGGACAAGUCAGCCCUCCCUCUGCCCAAGGUGACCCUGGCUGAAGCCAGUGCUGCUAAUCCCCAGGAGCUAAGAGGAUCAGCAGAAACCAGUUCCGGGCGGCCCCAAGGCCAGGACUCAGCGCCCACCUGACCCCACAUCUCACGGGCAGCCCUCCCUGGGGGCACCGAUACAUCCUCGCCCCAAGACCUCAAUGCUGGGGAGGGGCAGCACCUGUGGUCUCCCCUGCCCCUUCACAGUGGUGGCAGUUUGCAGAGCUGGGGGAGAGCAGGGACCCUCCCACAGCUCCCAAAAUCACAGGGGCUGGAA